CUGGAGGGAAGCCAGCCCCUUAUUUUGUAUACCUCUCUACUCUUUUACAAAUAUUUAUCUCUCAGCGCUCCCUCUCUCUCUCUCUCCCCCUCAGUCUCUCGCUCCUCCCUCUACAUCAACGGUAUCACAAGGUUUUCUGUUUCUUCAAUAAACCUAAUAAUGCAAUCUUUAUAUUUCUAAUACAGAUUUGGUGAUUGGAUGGAACAUAAUAGUCCCCAAUUACCAGCUGGGUUUUAAUCUUGGUUGAGAGAGUCCUUGAUGCCAAGUUUCAGAGACAUGAAUGUGAUGAUAAAAACUCAGAUUUUUGUUGGUUACGAAUCAUUCCCAAAUGCUAAUAAUUAAUGUGACCCCUAAAUUGUACUGCUGUAGUGGAUACAGAUAUUUAUCUAGUGUAGCACACCAUGUGUUCGAUGAAAUGCUGGAGAGUAGUUAUGCUAGGAAACAAGCUAAUAAAGAACUCAAUACCCAUGAGGCAUUGGUGUCGUUUCGUGACACCAAUGGACUUGGAAGGAAGCCUACCAAGUUCAUUCUUUGUACUGCUCUCAAUUCUUGCGCAAAGACACUAAAUCGGCAUUUGGGUUUGCAAAUUCAUGCCAGAGUAAUUCAGACAGGGUAUGAGGAAAAUUUAUUUAUAAACAGUGCACUUGUCGAUGUUUAUUCGAAGUGUGGUGCAUUAGCUGAUGCAAGAAGGGUAUUUGAUGGCAUGAAGAGGCAUGAUCAGGUUUCAUGGACCUCGAUUAUAUCCGGGUUUUCGCAAAAUGGGCAUGGGAGAGACGCCAUUUUAUUGUUUAGAGAAAUGUUGGGUACCCAAAUUAAACCCAAUUGUUUUACUUAUGUUAGUGUUAUUAGCGCUUGCACUGGGCUGGAAUUGGCAUUUGAAUGUGGUAUGUCGAUUCAUGUUCAUUUAAUCAAAACUGGGUGCAUUAACAGUUUCGUAGCCAGCUCUCUAAUUGAUUGUUAUUCAAAAUGUGGGAGAAUUGAACAAGCUGUAUCACUAUUUGAUGCAACUUCAGAGAGGGAUAAUAUCCUGCUCAAUUCUAUGAUCUCAGCAUAUUCACGGAACCUAUAUGGCAAAGAAGCACUGAAACUAUUUGUGGAAAUGCGCAAUGACAAUUUGAGUCCAACUGAUCAUACUUUAACCAGCAUUCUAAAUGCUUGUGGAAGCUUAUCAGUCCUCCAACAAGGAAGACAGUUGCAUGCUCUGCUAACUAAAAUGGGUUCAAGUUGCAAUAUGUUUGUUGCAAGUGCUUUGAUAGAUAUGUACUCAAAAUGUGGUUGCAUUGAUGAAGCUCGUAGUGUUUUUGAUCAGACUGUUAAGAAGAAUAGCGUCAUGUGGACUUCAAUGAUCUCUGGGUAUGCUCAGAGCGGAAGAGCUUUAGAUGGAUUGGAACUUUUCGAUUAUUUGUUGAAAGAAGAAGGUUUCAUGCCAGACCAUGUAUGUUUCACUGCUGUAUUGACUGCCUGCAACCACGCUGGAUUUCUUGAAAGAGGGGUUGAAUAUUUUAAUAAAAUGAGAAGAGAUUACUGUUUAGUUCCUGAGCUAGACCAAUAUGCUUGUUUGAUUGACCUACACGCAAGGACUGGGCAUCUAAAGAGAGCAAAGGAGUUAAUGGAGGAAAUGCCCUCUGCUUCAAACUCCGUGAUAUGGAGUUCCUUCUUGAGUUCUUGCAAAGUGUAUGGUGAAGUAGAACUUGGGAGGGAAGCAGCAUAUAAGCUUUUUAAAAUGGAACCACAGAGUGCUGUUCCAUACAUAAUGCUGGCAAACAUUUAUGCAGGAGCUGGAUUAUUGAGUGAAAUGGUCAAGAUUAGGAAAUUGAUGAAACUAAGAGGAAUUAAAAAACCGGCAGGAUGGAGUUGGAUUGAGAUGGGAAAGGGGGUUCAUUUUUUCUUCGUGGAUGAUAUAUCUCACCUUCAGUCUCAAGAGAUCUAUGCAGAGUUGGAAAAGCUGAACUUGGAAAUGCGAGAGGCUGGGUAUAUGCCCGGACAGGUGAGCCAUCGGAGAUUAACACUAGAGUGGUAUUGAGGUCUACCUGUCUGCCGAGCUGCCUAGGGUACGUCUCUGUGAUGAGGCCUUAAUUUGUGUUGGGAGUCUUAUAAACUAUUAAAUCUUCU